AUGGUCCCCUUUUCAGCAGCAGCGCUGUUCGUCACCCUUCGCGUCCUCCUUCUUUCCGUCUCGACUUCACCGGUUGAAGCUGUGCCGAUGACCUCCAACGUCACCACCCACAGCAAAGUCGCCUCAACCUCAUCGUCGUACUGGGUUGCCAACAUCCAGCGCCAAGGUACUGUUGCAUUCGGCGACGCAUCUUACAAGGUCUUCCGUAAUGUCCAGGACUAUGGUGCAACUGGAGAUGGCACCACCGACGACACCGCAGCGAUUAAUAGCGCCAUUACCGAUGGCAAUCGCUGCGGUCUAGGCUGCGAUUCCAGCACAGUAACCCCAGCUAUUGUGUACUUUCCACCAGGAACAUACCUGGUUAGCGCGCCUAUCAUCCAGUCCUAUUAUUCCCAGUUCAUAGGCGAUGCUGUUACUAUCCCCACGAUCAAAGCAUCAGCCAGCUUCACGGGUAUCGCCGUCAUCGAUUCUGACCCAUACACGAAGGGCGCUAACUGGUACACCAACCAAAACAACUUCUAUCGCCAAGUCCGGAACUUCGUCAUUGACAUUACUUCCAUGCCUGCUACUACUGGCGCAUGUAUCCACUGGCAAGUUGCUCAGGCUACCAGCCUGCAGAACAUCGUCUUUGAAAUGGUUCAAGGUGGCACCGACAACCAUCAAGAAGGCAUCUUCAUGGACAACGGUUCGGGUGGAUUCUACUCUGACCUGGUCUUCAAUGGGGGCAACUACGGCAUGUUCGUCGGAAACCAGCAGUUUACUACCCGAAAUUUGACCUUCAACAACUGCAACACCGCCGUCUAUAUGAAUUGGAACUGGGUAUGGAACCUCAAGUCUAUCACAGUCAACAACGUAAGUUUCCCAGUCCUUCCUUUCUCUAGUUAUUCAAAUAGUUGCGGAAGGGAAGCUGACUCGCGCGCGAGUGCGCGGGGUUGGCGUAAAUAUGUCAAACACCCCAACCAACCAGACCGUGGGCUCCGUCCUAGUCCAAGACAGCAAGUUCGUCGGAACGCCAAAAGGUAUCAUCACAGCCUUCAGCACGACUGGCAAUACUCCGACCACCGGCAACACGCUCGUCAUUGA